AGCACAACUAAUAUAUUUAAUCGUUCUACUUAUUCAUCAACAAGCAGGAGUAGUGACGUAACUCACCAGCAUCAAGCAAUUAAAAACUUCACAAGCACGCCGAUGACUUCCAGGUUCGAGCUUUUUACCGAAUACACAACAAGCAUCGUGCGUGUUUGUUUUCCUCUCUAUCAAUCUCCUUGGAUUUUUCUCUCCAGUCGGCGAUGUGAGCGCAUUAAGCAGGGAGGUCAACUACGCUGUUCCAAAGCACUACGGACGCCAAACACAACGAGUGCUGCAAGAUGGAGUCUCGUGACGGCGACGUGGACAGGCGCGCGACUAGAGCUUGUCGAGCAUGGUGACGAACAGCUCCACGACGAGGGUUCCAGUGGCAUGGCACGAGCACAGGCAGAGACCGGUGUAGGGAGACAACAGGACUCGCUCGCGAUCAAGACAACAACAGAAAAGAGCCCGCGCCGGAGCUCCAAAUCAACGGCACAAGAGCCGAGCAGGACGCGACCCAAUGAUCUGACGCGCACGGCACCGAGGAAGUUCCACGACCAUGCCACGGCGAGUAGAUCGACAGAGACAGCACAGCGGCCUGCACAGCAAGGUCGAGACGGUGGCUUGACGACGGAACCACGUCUGCGCACGGCGGGGCUGAGCGCCAGCAAGGAUUCCAAGCGCGCGACAAGCAGUAAACAGAGCAGGGCGCCAUGGGAGGAAGGUUGGAGGCCGGGUGCGCAGGGGAGAGCUCAGGGGCACGCAGGCCGAGCUGAGCCAAGCAGAUGGGGAGGAGAUCGAGCUGGGCGAGCGCAGGGAGCAGGGAGAUCCGGGCGCCAUGGAGAGCUCGGCCGAAGGGGCGACCUAGGACUGGGAGACGCCAUGGGAGGACGCGCGCCACGGGGGCUUGGCCGGACGCGGCGAGGAAGAAGACGAGGGCGCGGAGAGGAGCGAGGGCAAGCAGGGCGUUCGGGCGCUGCAGCAGGGAGGAAAAUAGAGCUUGCGGCUGUGAGCAGAGAGCUGGAGCAGGAGAAAACGAGGACGCGGAAGGAAACUGCGCGACAAGGAGAGGGAACUGGGGGUCGCGGCAUGGGCGAACUUGAGGAGAAGGGAGCAGGGAAACUGUCACGCGGGGUGGGGAGAGCGGGGAGGAGCAGAGGCGAGUUCCAUCUUCCAUGGUCGGACCUGCGUGAACCUUGAAUGGAGGAGCAAAUUUGGUGGCCAUGGAGAUGAGGAGAGGGAGGAGAUCGGGCUGGGCGCGGCUUGGGGAAG